GAUGUUUGGGACACCAAGCAGGUCACCGGUGUUGAAAUCACGUUCGACGGGCCUGGCAUUUUCAAUGUUGAUGGCGAGGCAGUGUUCUGUUCCAAGGGCCUCGAAAGCACGGUUUCCUUGCCAGUUGGCAAGGACGAGGUCGCUUCCGCCGGCCCUGCAAAGGAGGCUGUUUUGCCAACAUGGAGAGCUGAUCCUGCACGCUGGCGGAUGCUGUUGCUCUACAUGUUCGAGUGUAUGUCCAACCAGGACAUCUGGAUUGGCUUUGCUCCAAUUGGGUCCGAUGUCAUGACGGAGUACGGAGUAUCUGCAACAUUUGUGAACUUCCUGUCGAUGAUCUUCAUGAUUGUGUACUUGCCGGCCAACUUUCCAGCCUCCUAUGCUAUGGAUGUUUUGGGUUGCCGAUGGGCCCUGCUGGUGGGUGGCUGUCUCCAGACUUUUGGAGCUAUCCUAAGGUGCCUUCCAGCUGAUGCUGUCACUGCUCGGUAUCUGGUGAUGCUUGGCCAAGCGCUGGCUGCUGUGGGACAGCCUUUCUUCACGGAUAUGCCACCAAAGAUCGCCGCAGAUUGGUUCCCUGCCUACCAGCGCGUGCUGGCGGAUACCCUUGCUUCGCUAGCAAUGCCCGUGGGGGCAGCCGUGGGAUUCGUACUGCCAGUGGCACUGGGCCUUUGUCCGAUGCUCUACUUCCACCUGGCAUGGUCCGCCUUGUUCCUUAGCCUCACCUUCUUUUUCUUUCAAGCGGCACCGGCGACGCCCCCGAGCCCAACCAGGAAGCACCACGAGGGCAAGUCCUUUGGCCAAGAACUUGCAGCGGCGCUGUCCAACGGCAACUUGUGGUGCCUGAUCCUGUCCUUCUCACUGCGCAGCUUGUGGGGCCGUUUGGCUACAGUGCCGAUGAUGCCUCCAUCUUCGGGUCACCACGUUCUGUGGAGUCCUUGGGGCUCUUUGCAUGUCCGUUGUCGGCUUGACUGGGGCGCACAAAGCUGUCCUCACCACGUGCUGAUCUUCGCGCUCCUGGCCGUGUUGACGGUGAUCUAUGUGGGCGAUGGGCCAUGGGGGGUGGAACUCUUGGCCUUGGCUUUCGGAGGCCUUGGCUUUUCUGCAAUCCCGUUGAUGCCCAUCUCCUUCGAGGCGGCCGUCAUGGUAAGCCAAGCUGGUGAGGGCACACUGGCCGGCCUCUGUAUGUCCGGGGGCCAAAUCCUGGGCAUAGGUCAAACUCUGAUCCUCGGACAGCUUCUCCAGAGUGGCCAGCCUAGAGUAGCGUGGAUCCUCUUGGGUGGGUUGUUUCUUGUGGCCUUGCUCGCUGUAAGCGUCCUGAAUGCAAUGCAGACAGACUCAUGCAAGUUAUGUACAUGCACCAAGAACGCAAGACAUUGGCACUUCGAGGCCAGGUGGUUGGAAGAUUGCUUUUCCAACUGUAAAUGA